GAAUUUGACAGAGAUUCUGCUCUUGGCGGCAUAAGUUUGCAAAGCUCAACACAGUCCGUGAACUCGAGCUUAUAUGAGCAUGUUCAGGAGCAUGGUCGCACUUAUCAUCGAUAUAAGCAGGGUCAAUAUCCUCUCCCAAAUGAUGAUGUCGAGAAAGAUAGAUUAUUAUUCCUUGCGCCUCUUCCAGAGAACACUCGGAAGGUCCUUGACCUCGCCACAGGGACAGGUAUCUGGGCUACAGAAUUCGCGGAUGAGCACCCUACAUGUACGGUCGUUGGUACGGACUUGAGCCCAAUACAACCUGACUACGUCCCUGAAAAUUGCUCGUUCAUUAUCGACGACGCGGAAGAUAACUGGGUGUUUCACCAACAAUUUGACUACAUCCAUGCACGAGCUGUGGUCAGCUGCUUCAAGAAUCCAAAAGCAGUCUUUCAAAGAGCUUUCGAUGCUCUGGUCCCUGGAGGAAUCCUCGAGCUCUACGACCCCGUAUUUCCAUUCCAAUUCCUUGACCCUCCACCGCCAAACUCACCUCUUGCCGAAUGGAACAAGCUCAUUAUCGAAGCUGCUGCGAAAGCCGGUCGGCCGUGGACGAAUGGUGCAAAGUACAAGUCAUGGCUACAAGAAAUUGGCUUUGAAGGCGUAGUUGAGAAUAGAGAACAUUGUCCUCUAAGUCCGUGGGCGAAAGGUAAGAAGAGCAAAUACAUGUCAUUGUGGUUGUCACAUGAUAUGUUGAUUGGAAUUGAGGCAUGGUCUCUUGCUUUAUUCACACGGGUGCUGGGCUGGGAAAAGAGCAGAUUGGAUAUCCUUCUGGAAGGAGUCAGAGAGGAUAUCAAGAACAUAAAGAUACAUGCUUACCUCGUCACAGUCUCAGUUUAUGGUAGGAAGCCUAUGAUUUGA